CUUUGUGCUUUCGAUAACCAUGCCUGAACCAGGAAAAUCAGCUCCUGCUCCUAAAAAAGGCUCCAAGAAAGCCGUAACUAAGGCCCAGAAGAAAGACGGCAAGAAGCGCAAGCGCAGCCGCAAGGAGAGCUACUCCGUCUACGUCUACAAGGUGCUGAAGCAGGUCCACCCUGACACCGGCAUCUCCUCCAAGGCCAUGGGCAUCAUGAACUCCUUCGUCAACGACAUCUUCGAGCGCAUCGCCAGCGAGGCUUCCCGCUUGGCGCACUAUAACAAGCGCUCGACUAUCACCUCCCGGGAGAUCCAGACGGCCGUGCGCCUGCUGCUGCCCGGGGAGCUGGCCAAGCACGCCGUGUCGGAGGGCACCAAGGCUGUCACCAAAUAUACCAGCUCCAACUUCGUUUUCUGAGGCACAAAAAGAGAGAAAGGUAG